AUGGCGGCGGUGGACGGGCUGAUUAGAGAUGAGAAUGGGAAGUGGAUCCACGGCCUCAUGGUAAACAUUCGAAUAACCAUGAGUGCUUUGGCUGAGCUAUGGGGAAUUUGGCAGGGAAUGAUCCUUGCCAAGACAUUGGGAGCAAGAAACCUUAUCAUUGAAGCAGAUGCUAAGUGGGUCAUCGACGCUCUGAAGAAGGAAGAGUCUGAAGAUAUACAACACGAAACCAUUUUCAAAGACUGUGAAGAGAUGAAGAAGGAAGGUUGGGUUACCGAUAUUAAACAUAACUGGGGAGAAUGGAAGCAUUGCGCUGAACGAUUGGCGAACCUAACACUCGAGAGAGAUGAAGGGACUCAAUGGUUAGAGAAAGCUCCUGAAGAACUUUCACAUUUACUCCUAGCUGAUAUCAACGGGGUAGAAUUGCUUAGAUGGUGUACUACUAAACGUUGUGGUUUUUUCCCACUUGUACAGAAUAAAAAGUUAUAUAAACUCAAAAGCUAA